AUGUUCCUUCAUAUAAAUCUUUUUGUGCUUGGUCUUUCUUAAAGCAUAAGGAAUUAAUUUCUCACAUUUUCAAAAUCAUUACAAAUACUUUAAUUUAGAAUGGAUCUUAUAUAAUUUCAAAUCUCAUAAUUCUUCUAAAAUAAAAAUUUAUUUAGGAAUCUUUUAAUGCAACCUUUCCCAUUAUUUAUAUCAACUUAAUAUAUCGUUACUCUCGCUUUACUAAAAAUUGAAGAUAACAUUUAACUUAAUAACUGUUCUCUUGUUCAUAUUAAAUAAAUAUAUUGUAAAAAGAAGUAAUCUUAUAUCAUAAAUUUAUAUAUAGAUUUUUUAAAUAACUUAGUUAAUCUCUAAAGUAUAAAUGUCGAUUAAUGAAAUUUUGGAAGGAUGGCUAAAAUCAAAUAUGUUAUUGA